AUGGAAAAAGAUGGAAUGGCACUGGAAAGAGAAAGAAUGGUGAUGGAAAGAGAAAAACUGGAGAAACAAAUAGAGUUAGCGAAGCUCGGAAAAACAGACCCAGAAAUGGCGAACAAGUUUUGUGCUCGCAGAGAAUCCCAGUCUCAGACACCUCACUUCAACCCCCUGUUCUACCCCAUCCUACCACCGCAGUCCCACCCUCCGUCCUACUUCAUCAUGCCAGACCAGCUCUACCCCCCGUCCCACCCCAUUCUGAGAUCUGCCUCCUACUACCCUCCACCCGCAAUGAUGAGGAUGAAUGAACACCACGUCCCAUCUGUCCAGGAGAUUCUGGGAGGAAACACUGCGUCUCCUGUGACACCAUCUGAAGGUGGACGUGUAGACGAUGGCUGUGUGAUCACUGCUCAGGCUCAUGCCACUGACGUGCUCACACUCGAUCAACAUGUGGCACCAGAACCACCAGCAUCAGCUGAGUCAGAGCCUGAACCUCAACCCACCUACAGUCUGCCACCUGAAACUGUGGGCAUCGAGGAGCCUUUGUCCUCCAGACCCCCAAGUCCAAAGGCACUGAAGUGGGGCGAGAUAAUGGACAGCGUCGACCCAAUCCCAUCCAGACCCCCAACUCCAACGUUACUCCCUUGGGGAGAAAACCUGGCUGUUGAGGGUUCUGAGCUGUCCUUAUCCCCAAAUCAUAGUUCACUCAGUUGGGGAGAAAUAAUGGACAAUGUCAACCCAAUCCCAUCCAGACCCCCAACUCCCACAUUACUCCCUUGGGGAGACCUAAUGGAGGAAAUGAGGUUCCAAAAGGACGAGGAGCAGAUGGACGACAUCCUGGAUGUAAAGGAGAAGGUGGAGGAGAAGGAGAAGGGUGCAGUGAUCAGAGAGCUGAAAAAGAAGGUCAAACAGUUUCAGGAGCCAAAGCAACAGGCAGAUGCAAACACCAACAAGCUCCCGAGCUCCGCCAGCGAGAACACCAAGGGAGUCGAACUGUACAUUCGGGGCAUCAAUCCCAGCGUGGACUACAGGCAGCUGUUGAAUGAAUUCCACCCAUUUGGAAAAAUCAUCAAAGCGAAGGUGGUGAUGGAGAACGGGAGCUCCAGAGGGUUUGGCUACAUCACGUACCAGACCAUGACAGAAGCCACGACAGCGAUCAGGGAGAUGAACAGGAAGAUGUUGGGGUGGAAGCCGCUGUUCGUUGCUCUGUCGAGAGGUAAAGACGAGCGCCAGUCUUGCUCCGGCCCGAGAGAGCAGAAGACCAGGAGCGGCCUUCCGUUCGAGCCCUGGCCGAGUCACAACCCGGACAAACAGAGGGCCCAGUCCCGGAGUCGUCCCUCAGUCACAUCGACACACCCUGACUGGAAAUGAGAAACUUUUGUAAAAAUAAACUCCUCAAUUGAAAAAUGC